UGACAACACUUUCUCUGCGUUUGAAUGUGCCGAGGCUCCGCGGUGCUGAAAGGACAGCUCCUUCGCUCUCUAACAUCUGCAGAUAUGUUCACCAGGAUGUUAAAACUGAGGCUUCUCAAUGCUGUAGCACCUACCUACUUCUUCAUGGCUACAGCAGUAACCUUCAUUUUGCACUUCUGCUUCUUUAUCCCAACAAUCUUCCCAAACAAGGAUACAUCACUGAGGGGGUCUGCAACUCUUCACACAGUUGUUUUCCUUUUUUUGAUGUUCAACGCACUGGGAAAUUACAUAAUGACUAUUAAAUAUCCCGCUGAGAGCGCCAAUGAGACUGUGGUUCCAGUGUGUUCAGCGCACUGCUCAGACAAAGUAGAUGCACACUACCUCCUUAAUGGUCGCCACUUCUGCAAACUGUGUAAGAAAGUUAUCCUCAAGAGGGAUCACCACUGCUUUUUCACUGGAAACUGCAUUGGCAAUAAAAACAUGCGCUACUUCAUCAUGUUCUGCAUCUACACAUCAUGCACUUGUUUGUACUCCUUGGUUCUUGGUGUGGCCUUUCUAACAGUGGAGUACUCCAUCUCCUUUGAAAACCCGCUUACCUUCCUGACUCUUCUCCCCCUCUCCACUGGUUACUUCUUCACGGGAACAAUCUCAGGCUUGCAGUUGUUCCUGGUGCUGAUGCUCUAUGUGUGGCUGGGCAUCGGCCUGGUCUGCGCAGGCUUCUGUUGCCAGCAGGUGCUGCUGGUGGCCUGGGGACAGACCUGGUGUCAGAUGCAGAGGGGGCAGCUUGUGGAUAACCGCAGCCCCUGGAGAACCAACCUUAAGGAUGUGUUUGGUACCCGGUGGAUCCUCGGCCUUAUCCUGCCUGUGCAGACAGCGGAGACGUGCUCUGAAGACACAGAUGCACAUAAGCAAGACUGAGUGAUAACCACAUGUCAUAUCAAUAGCUCCCAAUAGGUCACACAAGCAGCACAAGUUGUAAAAAAAUGCUUUCUUGUGAUUCAUUGAUUUUAAAUACUAAAUUGAUGCUUUAUGACCUGUAAAGUAUGAAAUAGUUAGCUGUUAGCACACAUUCCUUUAAGGACAGGAGCCAUAUAUCAAUGUGAAACUUUUGAAUAUGUGCUUAGUGUAAAUGUAUCCUUUAAGUAAGUAGCUUUUGACAAUGCAAUAUUAGGACUAAUACAUUGGUCAUUUGGGACAUCCAGCAAUUUUCAUGCACUACCAUUUGCUUGCAUUAAAAUAUAAAGAUGGCUUUGCAAACUGUAAGUACAUGCAUUCACAACUUUUAUAUCAUGCUAUUGAUUUGAACGCCUGUGCGACGCGGUGCUCUGAGAUUACCAUCAUAUCAAGUGUGUUGUUCUUCCACACUUUGUGCAGGAUGCUACAAUGUGACAUUCAGGAAACUUACGGUAGCUUUCACAACAAUAAUUUACUUUGACGUUAAGGGCUAGCAGACAAGGAAACUACAGUAUGUGACUACAGCAUAAACUGCCGCCUUCGCACCAUUGUUCUGACAAUAAACUGUCACACUGAUUUCUACUCAAAUGAAUGUGACUCAGACAGUACAGUGAUAUGCUCCUUUAUAAGACUGGGUGGGUGGGAAUGUGAAGAUGAUUACCAUAUUAUUAUCCAGGGUAUUAUUCACAAUGUGCCAUAAACACAUCUUAAACGCUUACAGAUGACCCCCAAAGAUGUAUUAUGUAUUCGCUACACUGCUAACGAUAGGGCCGUCUGUAUAAUAAGAGUUAGGACUUUUCACUGUUAUGCUGCUGCUACAGCUACU